GCACCGGCGACAGUAUUUAAAUGUGUUAAAAGUAAAAUGUAUAAAAGAUUAGGCAUUUUUGGUUCAAAAAUGAAAGAAAAAUUAACAGAAAAUACAAAUCUACCGAUAUCUCAGCGCUGGCCUUCUAAAAAUUCUGGUGAAGAGAAAUCAAAUAAUACAGAAAAUGAAAAUAAAAUUGCUGAAGAUAAGAUAGUGGACAUCGAGUCCGGGAUUAGCGGACUCAGAACUAUAUCAUCCUUUUAG